GAGGUUUGCAAAAGUUUCAUUCGCAACACUAACUAGUGAAUUAGGCGCUAAUGUGUAUUACACUGUCUAAAAGGUUAGCAAGUAGACUUGCGCGUACCUUAAUUACGGAGAUAUCUUAACAAAAGAUGAAUGAAGAGGUCGGUGUGUUUGGAAUGUUUCGUGACAUCGAAUCGUUCUUGAAAACGGAACAUGACGUGAAGGAGAAAAUACGCGAUAAUGUUAAUGAUCUUGAGCAAGAUGCCAGAAGGAUAUCAACUAUAUUACAAGGAAUACACCAACCGUGUUCCGCCGGUAGUACUACAAAGCAAAUAUGCCAUCAAGUUAAAGCCAUAUUUGAUAGUGUACGAGUCUGUUAUGAGAAACUUAGCUUACUUGUCGGAAAACAGCAAUACUUUAAAUACUGUUCUCUGUGGCAAGGGGUCACCACUAGAUUUUCGUUUUAUUUAAGCUUGGUGGAAUUCCUUGAGUUUGGAAAACUGGUAGAACGUCAAAAGGUUGCAGAUUUAAUGGGUUUAAGUGUUGAGAAAAGUGCCGGUUUUCAUUUGGAGCUGGAUGACUAUUUGUGUGGCUUACUUCUUAUGGCUGGAGAAUUAUCGCGGCUGGCAGUAAAUUGCGUAACUGCUGGCGAUUUUAAAACUCCAAUAAAGAUUUCCAAAUUUGUGUAUGACCUGGAGGCAGGGUUUCGACUGCUGAAUUUAAAGAAUGACUUUUUAAGAAAAAAAUAUGACGGAUUGAAAUAUGAUUCAAAGAAGAUUGAACAAGUUGUAUAUGAUAUUAAAAUAAGAGGUUUAGGCCCUAAAAUUGAUGAGGGUGAAUGAAUUUUUAAAUAUCACCGAAAUUCACAGUCAUUUGUACAUCUGUAUUUCAGCUCUUUUUAAGCUGAUGAUUUCAAUGUAAAAUUAAUUUAAAAUGAGAAAUGGUUCCUAAUAAUGGAGGCAUAUUGCCAACAUUUUUUCUCUAAGUAUUUGUUUCCAUUUCAG